AUGGUGAGUUAUUAUCUCAGGGCGGUUAUUGCCAUUCUUUAUUUCUUCUUUGAUAUUAAUUAUUUUCUAAGAUUAAUAUUCACGUUUAUUUGGGCCCAAUUUAUUCAAAAAAAGGCAAAACUCUUAGAUAAAACUACAAUCUACAGUAUAUGUACUACUCAAGACUUGGACAUAAUGUCACAUAUGAACAAUGCAAGAUAUCUACGUGAAUUAGAUUUUUCUCGUUACCAUCAUUUCUUACAAACCAAAAUAUUCUCUUUUUUAACAAAAAUGGGUGUCACGGCAAUUCUUGGUGGCUUAUGUACAAGGUAUCGACGACCGAUUAAAUUCUUCAUGAUAUACAAAAUCACGACUAAGUUAAUUUAUUGGGACGAGAAAAGUUUCUAUUUCGAGCACAGGUUCAUAAAUCUACAAGAUAACUUCAUUCACACAAUUAUUCUCAGUAAGCAAACGACGAUUGGCAUGAAGAUGCACUUAAACGAAUUCAUCAAGAAACUUGAACCUGAAAUUUCUUUGCCUGAGAUAAACAGCGAUUUAAGAUUAUGGUUGGAAUCAACGAAAGACUCUUCUCAGAAACUCAGAAAAAAGGAUUAG